AUGUCAAGAGGCUUCACAAUAGACGAAUACAUGAGCCAGUGCUUUUCUAAUCGGAAUGAUAACAGAAAAGGACGACAAAUGCCUGUUCAUUAUGGUUCUAAAGAUCUUAAUUUUGUUACUAUUUCAUCCCCCCUUGCUACUCAGAUGCCACAAGGUUAGCAAGUGUUAACUGUGUUAUGUAAAGGUUACCUUUGAAUUUGAAACAUCAGAUUGUAGAUUACUAGUAACAACAGUAUGAUGCAAGUUAAGGUUAAGAGAUACCUGAAAUUAAAUGAGAUUAGUCUGUGUACACUCGCCCCUUAAAUGAGGUCCACGUUUAUUUAAGUAAUCACCACGUGAUUACAUGUUUUGUGUCAUAGGGCAUGUCAAAACUUGUAAUACGAGCGCGAAAAUAAAGUAGAACCUCGGAUAACUCGAACUUUCUACUAAGUCGAGCUAAGUCCAAUUUCCCUUGGAUUUCACCCUACUUCUUAGUCAUAUUUACUUGGAUAACUCGAAUUCCCUUCUAGCUCUAACUAAUUCAUUUCCCUCGAUUCACUGAAAUUUACCCCGAUAACUCGAAUUCUGGUUCUUGUAACCCUACUCGGGUGCCAUCCAAUUAGCGCUUCCUUUUGUCAAAUCAGUAAAAACACUUAAACUAACACUGGUCAACAGUACAUAAAUUUGAUUUUAAUCGGUGCAAUGAACAGAUCACAUUUUAUGAUUAAAAAACUGCCCAAUUCAAUUGGGAUUUUAAUUUUUUCACUUUAUUUCAUAAGAAAAGGUAACAUAAUUAUUAUGUUACCGUUUCUGAUAAAACAAAGUGAUUUUAUUUACUUAAACCUUGAACUACUACUAUGCACUAUACUAUACUAUGUACUAUUACGCACUAAUCCCAUUGUCUUGUUUUGUUUACUACUUGCUUUUUUGCACUAGUUGUUAGUAUCUGUUUCAUGGUUCAAGUAAAAUUACUCUAUAUUAAUUAACCAUAGCCCACUUUUGUUAUAUUAGAAUUUUGUCAUGACUCCGAGACUUUCUGGUCAUUUUUCUAUAUUUGGUUUGGUUUUCUUUGUGCUCAAGUCUCUUCUGGGAAUUGCGACACAAUGGAGUCGUGACAAAUUUGCAAUUUCGGCCCUAAAGCCUCGGAGUCAUGACAAAAUUUUAAUAUAACAAAAGUGGGCUAUGGUAAAUUUCCCAAAUCUCCCCUAUCGUCCCCGGCCUAUGUUAGGUAAUCCAAGACAAACUUGGAUUCUGGAUUCCACGAGCCGUUGAUUCCGGGUUCAUUGUCAUAUGAACUUGGGUUAGGGAUUGGAUUCCUUAAGAUGAAUUGCGGAUUCCAAAGCCCACGAUUCCAGAUUCCACAUGCAAAAAAAAUUACUUUACAUGCGGCAACUCUGACAAUAUCUUUCUGAUUCAGCAACUGGAUAUGCCUAUGCAAUGAAAAGAGCAGGCACUGGAAACUGUGUCAUCUGUUACUUUGGUGAAGGAACCGCAAGCGAAGGAGAUGCCCAUGCAGCAUUCAAUUUUGCUUCAACUCUGGAAGCACCUGUUGUUUUCUUCUGGUAAACUUUUUACAUUGCUAUAGUUGAAGAGCUUGCACAUAACCUAAGUUGUGAGUUGAAUUUUGACUAUCUUAACAUGGGCUAUGCAGUUUUGUAGUCCGAGGCGUGUCACCGAUAGGUUUCCUCAGUUGGUUGAGGAAGAGACGUUGAAAGAGACCGGGUUCGAUUUUCGGUCGGACAAACAGUCAGGGUCUUAAGUGAAAUUAUUGAUAAAGAAUGUGUUGCCUGACCCCACGCGGGCGAAAUGCGGAUGGAUUAAUAUUCCAGUGUCAUUAGACAAGGACUAAAAACCGUAGUGUAGGCUCCCUUUUAAAUCACCCUCAGUGAUUUGGCCUUUGUGGGACGUAAAAUGACCCAUUUUACCAUUCAUAAAGAGUACAGGACGUAUACUACGGUGGUGACCAGCCUUUUAUGAGAACAUGGCAAGAAAAUAAAAUUGAGUUGAGUUGAGUCAUUGAUCUGCAACCAUCAGAUUUCAUCCUCGCACUGUUCACAACCUCUUUGACAAACUGACUUUGCUUAUUGGUUAGAAUGUUGGAGUUAAAUUCAAAAUGGACUUAUAGCACCCACCAUUUAUCUUACCGAGCUUGUAAGGCAAUGAUCAGUCUCACCUUUCAGGCCACGUUUAAACACUUUGGUCUUUUGUGUUUUAUCUUUUUGAUUGAAUUGUCUUCACUGAGCAGCAUUUCUCUUUGUAUCAACAGUCGUAACAAUGGCUAUGCAAUAUCUACUCCUACGGAUGAGCAAUACAGAGGAGAUGGAAUAGGUUAGUGAACCUUACGCUAGAAGUACAAAAGUAAAAGGUCAUUGUAGGCUUUUGGAACGAUCGUGUUGUGCAAAUUUGUGGGUGGAAAUCUUAAGCCAGAAUUUUAGGUGUCUGUCAUCUUCGACUGCGGAAUCUAAUGACAAGUGCUCGUUUGAUACAAGAAUGUAACAAUAGACAUGACGACUGCAUCCACUUUUUAGGAAUCUGCGUCCGCUUAAUAGAGGUGCCCCUUUAUAAAGUAAAUAAGGAGAAUAAAUGGAUUGCUCGAUAGAGGGUGCCCGUUUAAUACAGAUUUCACUGUGUUCACAUUAACCUUUUACCUCCAAGAGUUGACAAAGUAAACAUUUCAGGAAUUUCAAAUUUCAUCUUGUAUAAUGACGGAAAAAAUACUGUCAUUUGAAUGGUCACACCAUGGAUUUCGUCCAAAGACUCAAAAGUUGGAACCACCUUAUAAGACUCGAUCAUUCACUCUACACGUAGCGGCUACACGUAGGCUAGAAUAGCUGCAACGAAAAGGUCCAUGCGAAAUGCUGAUUGGCGGAGAUGACAUUAGUGAUGACAUCAUUACCCUUGGAAGGUGUUUUUCAAUGUUUGUUUACAUUCGCGCUCGUUUCCGCUUCGCGCUCAGUCGAAGGGGGGCCACGGGAGAAAUGGAGGUAGAAUUCAAAUUCCAGAGACGUAGUUGCAUAGUCUCCUUCCUUUUCUUGCCCUGCCGCCAGAGCGCCCCUGAGAGCUUGCUCGCAGGCUAGCUGUAAGGUGUAUUAGUCUGCAGGAUAAGCAUAUUGUAUUCUUUAUUUUAAGCUGGGCGUGGCAGGGGCUAUGAGAUGAUGACAAUUCGUGUGGAUGGCAAUGAUGUCUUCGCAGUUUAUAACGUCACCAAAGCAGCACGUGAUGUUGCAGUAAAUCAAGAAAGACCUGUUUUAAUUGAAGCCAUGACUUACAGGUAAGAUAAAGAAGUCGUUAAAUUACUCGGAUUACAGGGUGGUCAUUACCAUCUCUUCCAUCUCUUUUGGAAACUGUCAGAGGCAGGAAUGAAUUUUUUGAAAGUCUUAAGAAUAGUUGUUUUAAGAGUAAAUUCUGGGCAUCUAAGGAUAAAGCAAAUUGCGAAGUUUACUAUUCAGUGUAUUCCUUCGGAAUGAUUCGGAACAAGAUCGGUGAUCCGAGGUCACUGGGAUUAUGGUGUAUUGAAGGCUCCGAUGGAUCCACUCUGGGCGGGGAUUCAUCGCUUCCUUUUAUCCGGCGAUGUUCAUGAUGUAGAUCUCCCUAAAGGAACACACCCUUUAAGGGCAUGUGGUUUUGUAGUGUACCUUAGGUGCCAAUUGAUACCUCAGGUGCGGUGCCGUUAGAACAACAAAAUGGCUUGUGUUUUGUGGUUUAAUAACGUCGUUAAACUUUCUAACAACCGAGAGAGGCCUUGCUUUUCCGUGGUUUAUUAAUAUUUACUCUAUUAAAAAUGUUGUAUAUGAGACAGAAAGUUUCAAUUGCGCGAAGUAUAUACGCCAAUAGCUAAACCGCAUAGUUCAGAUGUAGCUAGUACAACCUAAACAGUCAAAAAUGUCUCCCUCUCUCCCAACUAACUUUAAUCCAGUUCUAUAUCGAUUUUAGUCAUAUAAAUACAAUGACGGCAAGCCGGAGCUGUUUAUAAGAUUAAUAAACUUGAAAAUUUUUCAAUGAUUUGUGCUGAAUUUAAAAUCAGGAGCAACUGACUCGCCCUAUUUAUAUAACGAGUAGAAAAAAACGGGAAUAACCACUCUACACUAUACUUCUCAUGUCGGCUUUUAAAAGCAGGAGUAAUCCGUUCGUGUUGUACCACUUAGGUUGAAUUUAAAAUCGGGAGUAAAUGGUGGGCACUGUGCUACAUAUGUCGACCGAAAAACAGAAGGGAGUAACGGCCGACUCAUGUUGGCUUUUAAAAGCAGGAGUAAUCGGUUCAUGCUUUACUACUUAUGAUGAAUUUAAAGUCAGGAGUGAAUGUUGUUUCGACAUAUGUCGACUUGAGACUCGCGAAUUACUCCUCUUGCCGGCUUUUAAAAGCAGGAGUUAUCGGCUCACGCUAUACUACGUAUGUUAAAUUUAAAAUUGGUAGUAAACGGUUCGCGCUCUAAUUACAUAUAUCGCCUAAGAAAACAAUGGCAGUAACCGCCGACUAGCGCUACACUGAUGUCAGGUUAUAAAACAGGAGUAAUAUUUUCCCUCUAUACUACUUUGUCGGCUUCUAAAUCAAAAUUACUCAAAAUUUCUUCUCCAGGAUUGGAGAUCACAGCACUAUGGCGAGUGACGAUAAAGAAAUGCACCGGUCAUCAAAGGAAGUCGAUUAGUGGCAAAAAGAUCUUAAUCCGAUCGUGAGGCUUAGGUAAGUAAAAAAAAAAGGUUAUCAAAGUUCCCAGGGGCAAAACUGUAUUGUGUACUUUCUUAGUUUUCUAACCAAUGGGUUACACGCAACAUCGAGGGCUGAAGAGUUUUUGGUCAUUCUCGAUCAUGAAAGAUCAUGCAUUGUGUGUCAUUGAUGGGCCACAAACCUAACAAUUUAAGAAGCGGUCAUUUUUCAAAGUCCCAGAAAUCUUAUUUAUUGCAUUAACUUAAUAUACGUUGUAACUGACCCUAAAUAAGAGGGGCUCGCUCUUGCCAAAAUUUUCUACACCUUGCAAGCCACAGUUUGUUCUUACAAAAAGGGCCCCCGGGCUACUUUAUCAGCAAUUCUUUAUUAUUGAAGGGGUCACCUGUCUUGAGGGAGGGGGGGGGGCGGUUAUCAUUUCCAACUUCCCAGAAUGAUCACUGUUUCAAAUAGUCUUCCCCCUCUGUAAAAUGGUAUCUUGGUCAAGGGGUACCACACCAGUUCACUAAAUACACUUUGGAUAUCUUAAUGGACAGUAAUUUUUUUUGUUUGACUCAAGUAGAGGUAGAAAACGUUUUGAGUUUAAUUCGUCUUUUGACUGAUCCUUUCUUUUAUCAUCGUCGUUUCUGCUUGAGUUUACUUUAACGCUGCUCAAUCAUGGUGUAUUAAGCUAUCAGCCCGCCAUUUCCGAAGAGUACUGGCUUGAUAAAGCAUUGACAGGAUAUAUCUAUCAGGAUUUCUCGGGUCUAUAACAAAUGACAAAGCUCAAAUAUUAUUUCAUUUACUACUAGACGAUACAUGGAGAACAAAAACUGGUGGAACAAUGAAGUGGAAGAGGAGUGGAAGCGAGAUUCUCUUCAAGAAGUCAUGCAAGCACUCGCAAAAGCUGAUAAAGCAUUAAAACCGCCUAUGAAAGACAUGUUUACUGAUGUGUAUGACAAACCACCCCCUCGCUUGCAAAAACAACAUCAGGAGUGCAUGGACCAUAUCGCAAAAUACCCGCAUGAAUAUCCCACAGAGCUAUAUCUGCAAGAUAACUAG